CCCUUCCAGAGAGCUCCUCUAGAGAGAGAAAGUUAGCUCUUCUGGAGAGAGCUCCAGAGAGAAAGACAUCAAUGGCGAGAAUCAAGGUGCCUGCUGCCCGGAAGUCCAACCAAAAAACCCCUAGUGGCCAGCCCCUUCUAGAGAGCUCCUCUAGAGAGAGAGAGUUAGCUCUUCUGGAGAGAGCUCCAGAGAGAAAGACAUCAAUGGCGAGAAUCAAGGUGCCUGCUGCCCGGAAGUCCAACCAAAAAACCCCUAGUGGCCAACCUGGAACCUCCUCGCCUGCAACUUCUUCGAGAAGUCGCAGAGGGCCAAGAACAUUUAACAGGGAUACUCCAGAAGCUUCAAGGGCAACUGGGCAGAGGAAGAAGCAUCGCCACAGGCCAGGAACCGCAGCACUUCGGGAGAUUCGACACUUGCAGAGGACUUGGAAACUGCUUAUUCCUUCUCUUCCUUUCAUCAGAUGUGUAAGAGAGAUUACUAAGCAACUUUCUCCAGAGGUUACUCGGUGGCAAGCUGAAGCUCUAUUGGCACUUCAGGAGGCAGCAGAAGACUUUUUGGUUCAUUUAUUUGAAGAGUCAAUGCUUUGUGCAAUUCAUGCAAAGCGUGUCACUCUUAUGAAAAAGGAUUUCGAGUUGGCACGUCGAAUUGGAGGGAAAGCGAGGCCUUGGUGAGAGCAUGGAAAACUAUAACUAACACCAUUUCUUUUCUAUUCACCAUUUCUGAUCGAUCACUACUACCAUUCUUAUUUAUUUGUCCUUUGAUCUUUAACAGUAGCUAUCUUGCCGGUAGUUGAAUUUUGAGAAUUAGGAAGUAAAUAAUGUAGACGUACAGCUUUCUUUCUUUCUUUCUUUUAAAGUGAUGUCGUAGAGUAGGGAUGAUCUUUCUAAUGUAUAUUCAGUUGUAUCGGCAUGGCCCACCUUUAUUUUAAUCGUCCAUAAUUUUGUGGCGUGGGAGUUGAGA